CGGAACAUUUCGGCCAUGGCCGAGUUGUUACGAUUGUAUAAUGAGGUCUAUCUCGAAGCUUUGUCGGAGGAGGCCGAGUUAUUACGAUUGAAUCGAGUUGUUCCCCUUUGCAUAAUUAUUGUCUGUGUCAGUCAACUUUCGUUUUAUUGGAAAGACCCAGUGUUCAGGGGUGUUUACAGAGGAAAGACACACCAUGAAGAUGACUUCCUAGAUGUUUUGAAGCGUGCCUCCGAUGUUGGAGUAGAAAAGAUUAUGGUCACUGCUGGCUGCAUGGAAGAUGUCAAAGAAGCAACAGAACUUGUCAAAAGUCAUGAUCACCUAUACACAACUAUCGGAUGUCACCCCACGCGCUGUAGUGAAUUUGAGAAGUCAGGAGACCCUGAUGGCUACAUGAACCAGCUGUUGGACAUCGCGGCGCAGAAUAAAGGCAAAGUGGUGGCAGUGGGAGAGUUUGGACUAGAUUAUGACAGACUCCAAUUUUGUCCAAAACAAACGCAACUGAAGUACUUUGAGAAGCAGUUCGAGCUUGUGGAGCAGCUACAGUUGCCGUUGUUCCUUCACUCUAGAAAUGCGGCUAGUGACUUCUCUGAUAUCAUAAGGCGGCACAGGGAUAAGUUCCGCGGAGGGGUGGUUCACUCAUUCACAGGCACAAAAGAAGAAGCUGCUGACAUUUUAGACCAGGGUCUUUUUAUAGGAAUAAAUGGAUGUUCUCUGAAGACCCAGGAGAACAUUGAUGCCAUGUGUUCAAUACCGACAGACAGGCUUAUGAUAGAGACAGAUGCACCUUGGUGUGAUAUCCGUAACACCCAUGCCAGCAGCAAAUAUGUGCAAACACAGUUUCCAUCCAAGAAGAAGGAGAAGUGGGAAAAAGGAAACUUCGUAAAGAGCAGAAAUGAGCCUGCAACCAUCAUUCAAGUCCUGGAAGUGCUUGCUGGAGCCAGGAAUGAAAACAUUGAAGACCUGGCCAGGGUUAUACACGACAACACACAAAAACUGUUUUUUCCUAGUUUUUGUUGAGGGAUGAAGCAAUAAAUUUAUUAUAAACUAUGAA